ACCUGUAGUUAUUGAAUCAUGAGUCGAAGGGCUAAAUUUGAACGACGAUGGCUACUUGGCAACCCUCAAGCACGUGGCCAAGAAAAGCGAACCAAAACAAAUACUGCAAAAUUGCUAAAAUAUCAAUUUGUCGUGUUUAUCUCGAAUAAAUUAGUAUUUGACGAAAAUUGUGGUGCUUUAAAAAUGGCUCGUAGAAAAUGGACCGAAUUAGAAAAGGUCUCGCUGUCCUCACCUGUCCUAGAAGCCUUAGCUAGUUUUGGAUUCGAGAAGACAACACCUGUCCAAAGCGCCACGAUACCCCUGCUGCUAGAGCGAAAAGAUGUUAGUGUUGAAGCGGUAACUGGCUCUGGGAAAACAUUGGCCUUUUUGGUGCCCAUGCUAGAGAUGUUGCAACGACGACACACUGAUAUGCCAUGGAAUCCCAAAGAAAUAGGCGGUCUAAUUAUCUCGCCCACACGUGAAUUAGCAUAUCAGAUAUCUGAAGUUCUAGCUAAAUUUUUGGAGCAGGAGGAUUUACAAUACUUGCGUCAAAAAUUGUUAGUGGGAGGCAGCAAUUUAGAAGAAGAUAUUAGCGCAUUAAAAAAAGAAAGCCCUAACAUAUUGGUUUGUACUCCUGGUCGUUUAGACGACAUAUUCGAAAGAAAAGGCGAUCUCAACCUUGCUAGCAGAGUGAAGAGUUUGGAAUUUCUUGUGUUGGAUGAAGCUGAUCGACUACUUGAUUUGGGGUUCAAGGCAACAAUAAACAAUAUUCUUGGUUAUUUACCUAGACAACGUCGCACUGGCUUGUUUUCCGCUACGCAAACAACUGAAGUAACGGCUCUUAUUCGUGCAGGCCUUCGAAACCCUGUGAGAGUGUCAGUUAAAGAAAAGUCUAGUAUUAGUACUCCGGCAAAAUUACAAAAUUUUUAUAAAAUAGUAGAACCUGAGGAAAAAUUUUUAGCUGUAUUAAAUUUUCUACGUUCACCACUGUCUGCCCACGGAAAGGUAAUGGUAUUCUUUCCCACCUGUGCAUGUGUGGAAUACUGGACGACAGUAAUACCACAGUUUUUGCCCGAACGCUGCAUAUUAGGCAUUCAUGGUAAAAUGAAGAACAAGCGUAAAAAUAUUGUAGAACGGUUCAGGCAAGUAACAGACGCAGUGUUACUUUGUACUGAUGUUCUGGCACGCGGUCUGGAUGUACCUGAAAUUGACUGGGUAGUGCAGUGGGAUCCACCAGCAAGCGCAAGUAGUUUUGUACAUCGUGUGGGGCGUACAGCACGUCAAGGUAAUGAGGGAAAUGCUUUGAUAUAUCUUCUGCCAAGCGAAGAUGCCUAUAUUACUUUUCUAAAGAUAAACCAAAAAGUCGAUCUAAGUGAACUACUGGGUUCUGAUCACAAUCGUGAUGAUUUAAAAAAAAUACUGCAAACACUGCAUAAUCUUCAGCUGAAGGAUAAAGAUAUUUUUGAUAAAGGAACUCGCGCACUCGUGUCGCACAUACAGGCAUAUACAAAGCAUGAAUGCAAUGCAAUUUUACGUUUAAAAGAUUUGGACCUCGGGAAAGUGGCUACAGCCUAUGGUCUGCUACAAAUGCCACGCAUGCCUGAACUAAAGAACUGUGAAGCAAUAAAUUUCAUUGGACCAACAUUUGAGAUAGAUAUAACUAAAUUAAGCUAUAAGAAUCCACAAAAGGAGCAACAACGCCAAGAAAAGCUCAAAGUCUAUGAAGAAUGUGGUGUUUGGCCGCGAAAGAAGAAAUUCAACAAGCGUACAGAAUCAUGGGAACAAACAAAAAAAGCUAAAAUAGAUACUAAAACAAAAAAAGAAUUAAGAAAGGCGAAAAAACAGCGGAAAAACGAUAGUGGGGCGCAAAACGAUGCAACAAGUGCUAGAGGAAAGAAAAGGAAGCCACAAUACACAAAACAAGAUCUGGAGGAGCUGGCUAACGACAUAAGAUUAUUCAAGAAGUUAAAAAGAAAUAAAAUUACAGAGGAAGAUUUUGAUAAAGAAAUGGGUAUUGAGGAUUAAGCUAAUUAUAGGUGCAAUCCCGUAUUCCUCGGACUCGGACUAGUAAAACUGUCAAAAAAUAAAAAUUCGCUCAGAGCGAGAGAGUA